CUUCGUUGAAUUGCCUCUCAUCCAGAACUAGCAGUCACUUGAAGUGUUUUUCUCACCGGUGAAUGUGCUUAAUGACGAGAGUUGGCAUGGAGAUUCAGAGCUACCAGACGGAUUCCUUACCAUCUCAUUUGGAGCGCAAAAAUUAUUAGGAGUGACUCGAUUCUGAGGAAGGGAAGGGAAGGCCAUUGAUUUCCCCGAGAAAACGACAGAUGACUUACGUUUUGUUAGGAGAGAUUUGACUCCGAGGAAGACCAGGGAAAUGGCAAGCUUGCAGGAGAUUCAUUGAUAUUGCUCCACCACUUCGAGGCUGCAGAUUUGGCUUAAAACCAAAUCAUUCUUCACUCAGAAAGGGCCUCCCAAAGACAUACGUUGUAUCGCGCCCUAUCCGUCUGCCUCUUCCAGGUUCCUCUAUCGGUAUGACCCGCCGUGCUGCUGCCAUCUUAGGUGCCUUGGCAUCGCAAGUAGUCCUGUUCAACGUCGAACCCGUGACCCUUGACAUCGACCGCACUCCUGUUUUGAUGCAGGAAGCACCUACAAUUAUCGACCAACUCAUUACUUGGAACCAGCAAGCAUGGGAUAAUUUCCUGAACAAUGAAUUCUGCGCGCUCGGCUAUAACUCCUCUGCAUCUGACUUUAAUGACAAAUACCGAGGUUAUGCUGAGCAAGACUAUCUCUAUUUGAUUGAAUAUGUCCGGUUCAUCAACUAUCGUGGCCUGCAGGAGCCGAUAACUCACACCAAGGAAGGUUUGCAAGAAUUGGUCGUCAACGUGACUAGGAAUGUGGGCUACGUGAACGAUAGCUACGACGACCUCACCACUGGCAUGAAUGUUACUGCAGACGAUGUAGCGAGCUUGAGGCCUGCACCGUCAAUGUGGGGGUAUACAAGUUGGGAGGAAUUGUCUGCCAUCACGGAUGAUUCUUUCUCUAAUUAUGUCAGGGCGAUUCCGUGCAUUUAUGGAUGGUACAAGAUUGCGGAAAAGUUGCAGAACUCAGGACCUGGUGUAAAUAAUACAUUUUUCUACAAUUACUGGUUCCAACAGAACAUCGGCAACAGUUCGGCGGUCAAGAUCUCCGAAUAUCUGGAAACCUUACGUUCACGCUAUGAAAGUCCUGCGAACUGGGAGAAAUGGAACGCUUCAUUUCAUCAAGCGUUGGCGUUCGAGUCCGCAUUUUUCCAAGCAGGGCUGAGAGAGGAGUGGUACCAGUCUUGAGGAGGGUAUAGCUUCGCCAUCCCCUUGAGACUAUAUUUUCCCUUCCCUUCCACCUACAUACGCACCACCGUCAUUCGUCUCGCGGUCAAUCAAGGUGACUCUAGCUUCAACACGCUAGAAAUCAACAGAGUAUUCUCGUAGUCAGUGUAUAACAAGUUUCAUAUGUAGUAAACAACUUUGAUCUUGGCUUCUUCUUUGCGUG